GCUAGCCGGAGAUCCGAGCGAUAUCCUAUCGAUAAGCUUAUCCGGCAAUCGAUUCGGAUAACGGCCUGUGUAUAUCUUAGUAUCAAACGUCAUCCUGAGCCGCCGGUGCUCUUCGCAUGAAUGGAUGCAUAUAGAAGAUCGGAUAUACGGCUGUAAAUGUAAACAUAGGGAUACUGUAUACAUCCUUUGACAAUCCUCUCAGCAAUACUAUCCAUCACCCACAUCCAACAUGACACAACUUUCGUGGAUCGGUUUGGGGAAUAUGGGAAGGGGCAUGGUCAAGAACCUAGUAGAAAAGGGAAACUUGGACAAGCCAAUCAUCAUCUACAACCGUACCAAAAAACGAGCCGACGACCUUGCAGCUAAGUUAGAUCAAAAGGUUGUGGUUGCAAGUACGGUUGAAGAGGCUGUCCAGUCUUCCGAUGUCAUCUUCACCUGUGUGGGAGAUGACGCGGCAAUCAAUGACACCAUCGAUACUGCCCUGAAACAGAACGUCAAGGGCAAGCUGUUUGUCGAUUGUUCUACAGUGCAUCCAGACACCACAGAUGCCUUGGGCAAGAGGAUUACUGAGGCAGGAGCCGAAUUUGUGGCCUCCCCUGUGUUUGGCGCGCCCGCAAUGGCAGACAACGGACAACUUGUCUGCGUACUAGCAGGCCCAAAGUCAUCCAUCGAACGGAUGAAGCCAUAUACCGAAAACGUAAUUGCGCGUGCAAACAUUGAAUUCCCAGAUCAGAGAUAUGGACAUGCCACUCUGCUGAAAGUCAUCGGCAAUACAUUCAUAGUGAACAUGGUCGAAACGCUUGCUGAAGGACACACCGUAGCGGAGAAAUCGGGACUGGGCUCUGCGAACCUGCACAAGUUCAUUGAGACCAUGUUCCCCGGUCCUUAUGUCGCUUACAGUAAUCGCAUGCAGCAGGGCGAUUAUUACAAGCGCGAAGAGCCAUUGUUUGCUGUCGAUCUGGCAAGGAAAGACGUCGGUCAUGCUCUGAACCUAGCAAAGGAGUCAGGGGCAAAGAUGCGAAAUCUUGAAGCUAUUGAGCAGCAUCUAGUCGACGUCAAAGAGCAUCAAGGAGAGAAGGGUGACAUCGCCGGUAUAUAUGGCGCUGUCCGAAAAGAGUCCGGUCUCAAUUUUGAGGUCUAGUCGUACAACGAUGGAAUCCUGUAUAAUCAAUUCACCACUGAUAUGAGUGAGAAACUUUGUUCUGUGUGACAUCAAUUGGACUAUUAUAUCCUGAUCUAUGUAUCAUUAACUGUUCCAAUUUUAUUAGUCGUCGUAUUGCGCAGUCUUCUCAUCUGAAAAUAUAUCA